AGUUGGUCGGUUGUGUGUGACUUGAUUUCACCAUGUCUGGUCGCGGUAAGGGUGGUAAAGGCUUGGGGAAGGGAGGUGCCAAGCGCCAUCGUAAAGUGCUUCGGGAUAACAUCCAAGGCAUUACCAAGCCAGCUAUUCGUCGCUUGGCUCGACGCGGGGGGGUGAAGCGUAUUUCGGGCUUGAUCUAUGAAGAGACCCGCGGAGUGCUGAAGGUGUUCUUGGAGAACGUGAUCCGCGAUGCUGUCACUUACACUGAACAUGCCAAGCGAAAGACGGUAACGGCUAUGGAUGUGGUUUAUGCCCUGAAGCGCCAGGGUCGCACUCUCUAUGGUUUUGGCGGCUAAACGGGUCACUAAAGUCA